UGGCACAAUUGCAAACAUAAACUAUUUGCAAAAUGGCUGGCGACAAGAUUGUUGAUUGUUCACAAAAUUGUAACAGCGAAAGGAUAAGCGAGAAUGGUGACUUGAAUCUUAAUUUGAAUUUGGAGGACGAACUCGUCGAAUCAGUCGAAUAUAUACCUUGUCCGGAAUUUCAAUUUUCGGCAACAGCAUGUUAUAUUUGUAACGGUUAUUAUGGACCUUGUUUUGAGGAACCAGUCUGUGCAACUUGUCAUGCAUUUUUAUUUCCAAAUGAUAUUGAUCUAUUACAAGUCCCAAUCUUCAGUGAGAAAACAGAUGACGAAGAUUCAGGAAAUGAUGAGCCAACUGAUCUUUAUUACAAUCAUGAGAGAAGAACUAGUCAACAACAACAAAAUUCUCCACAGAGCGUCAAUCCUAAUAUCCCAAACAUACAACAGAAUGCCUCAAACCAUAACAUGAACAUUUCUCGCAGAUCUUAUGUGCAAUAUCAAAAUGCAGUGCCUCAAUGUAACUAUCAUGCUCUGCAAAACAAUUCAAAUAGCAAUUCUGUUGAUAAAUGUAUGGUAGGGUUUCCAAGAAAUGCCUCAGUAUCGCGUGAUGUGAAUCUCGAUCUGCAGAGUAUGAUGUGUCGAACGAGAAGCGGUUGUCAUCAAAAUUGCAUAAACGGAAACGAUCGACACGUUCAAGAUAUGAUGGAGGAGGAUUUGCGAUGUACAUCAGAGACAUUUGGCCAUGAUGGCCAGAACAAUGAACCUAGAGACAAUGCUGCACCACAGUAUCAUUGGAACUACAGAGUGUACGAGGAUGUAGGCGAGCCAUCAAGGCCAUAUAAUUUAUCUGAGAGACUAGAGAUAUUAUCGAAUCACAGGCACAUCGAUCAUGAACCUAUUAACGAACCAGGUCUGGUAGAAAGAUUACCGCCCGAGGUGUUGCUCGCAAUCUUCUCGCAUCUUGACGACAUCAGUCUGUGGUCAGCGGCGAAUGUUUGCCGACGAUGGUGUGGUUUAUUAUCGACGCAUGUAACGCAGUUGCAAUGGAAGCAGCAUGUCAAACUACGCUGGCCCCUGUACAAGCCUAUCGGCUGUGUCAAAAAUUGGUACAGGGUGUAUGAUUACUUAGCAUCCUCGGCGCCAUGUCGAACUUGUUUGGCGCAGACGUCUUUGAGAUCCAGACCUUCGAGGAUGGAGGAGAAUUCUUGGCGAAGGAAUAGACUACGCAGUGAACUUAAAAGUUUAAGAAUUGAUCCACCUGAAGGAAUUGAAGCAAUGCCACUUGAUCAUAUGUGUUGUCAUUGGCAGGCCACAAUCACGGGACCAGUAGGAAGCCCAUAUGAGGGAGGAUUAUUUUAUCUAUAUCUACAAGUACCCUUCAGUUAUCCCAUGUGUCCACCUGUAGUGAGGUUUCUAACAAAAAUACUUCACCCAAACGUCUCUAGACAUGGAGAUGUUGGCAUAGAUUCGAUACAUCAUAAUUGGUCUUUGGCUCUUACAAUAUCUAAAGUCCUUAUUAGUGUACAAAGUCUACUUACAGACCCAUAUUGUCAAGUAUGUAUGGAGCCAGAAUUAGGAGAGAUGUAUAUGAAUGAUCGUGAGAAAUUCGAGGAAGUGGCAAGAGCGUGGACAUGGAGGUACGCGAUGCAUGAUGUUGUGAUGCCACUUUAGUGUACUGAAAUGUAUAAAUCUCAAUUAAUUUGUGUAAUUAAUACUUAAAUUACUUAGACGUUAUUAAUAUACACAUUAGAUUCUUAUCUACAAAUUAUUUAAUAAACUGAUAAUAAUUUGUGAUAUAUUGUACUAAGGUCUGUGAAGAAUGUAUAUUUAUAGGAAUUAUUUGCUAAUCACUAUUGUA